GAUUCUAGCUGGUAUGGGAUUGAUCAAUAUUAGGAAAAUUGUACAUACAAAUUAAAUAGAGAUUAAUCAAAAGAGAUUUGUAUGAUAAUUAUUAUUAAAAUAAUGGAAGCAUAUGGAAGCAUAAUGUGUCCAUCUUGUGCAUAUCCUCUUGAAAUUGAUGAGGUAAAUAGAUCGUUGGUCGAAGAUUGGGGAAAGCUACCAGCGGGAGUGAAGUUUGAUCCAAGUGAUCAACAAAUUUUGGAACACUUAGAGGCAAAAGUGAAAGAAGAUAAACAAAAGCUUCAUCCUCUCAUUCAUCAUUUCAUUCUCACGUUGGAUGGAGAUGAUGGCAUUUGUUACACUCAUCCUCAAUAUCUUCCUGGAAUGAGGAAAGAUGGGGGAGUCCGACACUUUUUCCAUAGGUCACCAAAAGCAUAUACAUCAGGGACAAGAAAACGCAGGAAAGUUAGAACAGAUGAAGAAGAAGGCACAGACACGAGAUGGCACAAAACUGGUAAGACAAGAGCAGUGAGCGACGGCAGCGGUGGCAGCGACAGUCGGGUGAUGGGUUUCAAGAAGAUUUUAGUUUUGUAUUCAAAUUAUGGGAACCAAAAGAAACCACGAAAAACAAACUGGGUAAUGCAUCAAUACCAUUUGGGUGUAACAGAAGAGGAGAAAGAUGGGCAAUGGGUGGCUUCAAAAGUCUUCUUCCAAUUACAGCCUCGUCAAACCUCAAUCAUGCCUUCUAAUUCUAUACAUCAAACAAGGGGAGGAGAAGCCUCUUCUCUUGUUUGAAUGCCCACACGUUCAACGCUCAACCCUCAACCCAUAAGUUUAAAUGAUUUGUAAUAGAACUAAAUAAUACUAUUUUUUUUCAAAUUGAAUCUAUACAUUCAAUUGGUUUUUAGUCCUAAAUAUUAAGAAUAAUUUAUUUGAUUUUAUGUCUGAAAUUGAGACAUUUGUCAUCCCAGAGUUUUUGAGGGAAAGAAAUUAUUGGUGGCAAAAUAAAAAAAGUAAUUAUUGUAAUAGAA